AUGACCACAAGCCUUCCCCGGAGAGGUCCCUCUCCAUUCAACCCUGGAGCAACGACGUCACAGCCAAAAUCGUCCAACGUCUCCUACGCAUUCCAGCAGCCCAGUCGAACAAAGUCGCGAACAGAAAAUCGAAGGAAUAUACCCGAUACGGAGUCGAAUGAUACAUCUGGCGACAAGAACGCUGUUGCGUUAAUCCGUCGUGUUCUUUGUCCUGAUGUCUCCGCAUAUGGAUCGAGCCCACCGCGACCCUUGCAAGAGCUUCUCCCACCCUUGACUAGCUCCAACGACGUGGACUUGCAAUUGUACGCCCUGAUUGCAGUCAUUAUCAAGGAAUUCGUUUAUUCCUGGUACGCAAAGAUCACGCCGGAUCAUGUCUUUGUUGACGAAGUCUUGCAACUAAUCGCACACUGCACACGGGCCUUGGAACAAAGACUUCGGCGGGUCGACGUUGGGCAACUCGUCUUGGACGAAGUCACUGGGCUAGUUCAAGCCCAUAUUACUGCAUACCGAAUCGCAGCACAAGGGUCCGACUUGGUGGCAGUGAAGCCAUCAGCUCGUGAGAUUUACCACAAUCUAAAUCCACACCCGGGACUUUCCCCAGUGCCAAAGGUUUCGACGGUAUCACAGUUAUCCGAGCAACAAGAAAAUGAGAAUUUGUACCGUCACUUGCUGGCACAGAGCGUGUUGGCGGUGUUAUUGCCGACUGAGGAUUUAGAAAACGUUUGUUUGCGAACACUUGUUGAAGAUGUACUGUCCGAUCUGAUUCUGGGCAACCAGGUUAGUGGGAGAGUAUGUGAGGGUUGGUUCAUUUGGACCGCAAUAAGCAAGGUCAUUACCGUUGUGAAACAGCGGGAUUCUGAAGCCACGUCGACUAUAGGGCAGAGUCUGGAUGCUGUAGCAGAGGCAAGUCGCCUGGAACGAUUUGGCCUUCUGUCAGAGGAUGGGAACGAAACUAAAAAUGCCCAAAAGCAUAGCCAGUCCAUGGCUUCGCUAUGGCUAUGGAAGAUACUAUAUUCGGUCUAUCUCGCAUAUGUUACGAUGCGCUUCAUCAUCGGAGGCUUGUUGCAUACUGCACUAUCCAAUCCAGAGGCAACAGCCACGGAAAUGUUACAAACAGACCCUGUUACUACAACAAAGGCAACAAACCAGCCAGGUCCAUGUCGCCCUGUGCUUAGCUACAGAGCUUUUGGUUUGAUAUCUCAAUUAAUGGGGGUGCCACAGAAAAUGCCAUGGUUAAAUGGUUCGCUCUCGUUGAUUCAGAGCUUACUUUCGACAGGUCCUGGCAAGAUAGGUGGGCCAGGUAGCGUUCUUGAUCGGUAA